GGUAUUUCCAGACAGCUCGUGCACUCAUCCUGAAAACAUUAUCCUCUUCUCUUUUUAACAGAAGGAAAAUGAAGCUCGUGGUCUUGGCAGGACUUUUUGGGUUGACCUUUGGACAGAAUGAUCCUCAUAUGAAACAUGAAAGAACAUCUAUUGUUCAUCUGUUUGAGUGGCGCUGGGAAGAUAUUGCCACUGAGUGUGAAAGGUACCUAGCUCCAAAAGGUUUUGGAGGAGUUCAGAUCUCCCCUCCCAGUGAGAGCAUAGUGGUAACCAACCCCUGGCAGCCUUGGUGGCAGAGAUAUCAACCAAUAAGCUACAACCUUUGUUCCAGAUCAGGAACUGAGGAGGAGCUGAAAGAUAUGAUUACUCGCUGCAACAAUGUUGGGGUGAACAUCUAUGUGGAUGCUGUCAUUAAUCAUAUGUGUGGAGCAGGUGGUGGAGAAGGCAAUCACUCCAGCUGUGGCACUUACUUCAAUGCCCACAAGAAAGAUUUCCCUUCUGUUCCCUUUUCAUCCUGGGACUUUAAUGAUGGAAAAUGUAAAACAGCCAGUGGUGAAAUUGAGAAUUAUAAUGAUAUUUUUCAGGUAAGAGACUGUCGGCUGGUGAGUCUCUUGGACCUGGCCAUGGAAAAGGAUUAUGUGAGGGUAAAAAUAGUUGAAUACAUGAACAAGCUGAUCGAUAUGGGUGUGGCUGGAUUCAGAGUGGAUGCUUCCAAGCACAUGUGGCCUGGUGACCUUAGCACCAUUUUUGAUAGACUGAAUAACCUUAGCACCAGGUGGUUUCCAACUGGUUCCAAGCCUUUCAUUUACCAAGAGGUUAUUGACUUGGGUGGGGAACCAAUCCAAGCGAAGGAGUACUUUGACCUUGGAAGAGUGACAGAGUUCAAAUACAGUAGCAAACUGGGUGCUGUUGUGCGCAAAUGGAAAAAUGAGAAGCUGUGCUAUCUAAAGAAUUGGGGAGAGGGCUGGGCUUUCAUGCCCUCUGAUAAAGCUGUGGUGUUUGUAGACAACCAUGAUAAUCAAAGAGGUCAUGGAGCUGGAGGAGCUUCUGUCCUCACAUUCUGGGAUGCCAGGCUUUACAAGAUGGCUAUGGGCCUAAUGCUGGCUCAUCCCUAUGGCUUGACCAGAGUGAUGUCCAGCUAUCAGUGGGACAGACGAUUUGAGAAUGGAAAGGACCAAAAUGAUUGGAUAGGCCCACCGAGCCAUGGCAAUGGAUCCACCAAGGCAGUGCCUAUCAAUCCAGACACCACGUGUGGGGACGGCUGGGUGUGUGAACACAGAUGGCGCCAGAUCAGGAAUAUGGUGGCAUUCCGUAAUGUUGUCCAUGGACAGCCUCUCUCUAACUGGUGGGACAACAGUAAGAAUCAGAUCGCCUUUGGCCGUGGGAGCCGGGGUUUCACUGUAAUCAACAAUGAUGACUGGAACCUGAGUGAGACCCUGAACACUGGCCUGCCUGGAGGCACCUACUGUGAUGUUAUCUCUGGGGAUAAACUCAGUGGUGGGUGCACGGGAAAGCAGCUAGAGGUGGACAAAGAUGGAAGAGCCUACUUCUUCAUCAGCAAUAAGGAUGAGGAUCCAUUCAUUGCUGUUCAUACUGACUCUAAACUGUAAAUUAAUGAAAACGUAUAUAAUUCUUUACUGUUCCCAAGAACAUGCUUUACAUUUCAGAAAUUCAAACCAUUAUUAGUUUCACCAUAAACAUAAUAUCAGUAUUAAACAGAGUAUUGAAACUGAGUAGAGAUACAGAGUAUCUGGAAUUCACAACUAAAGUUGUGGUAACUCUAAAAGCCUGUAAAUUAGAUGACCUUUUAAUGUGUAUAUGUAGGGUUUCAAUCAAAAUGGUUCAACCCCAGUGUCAAAUUAGGAUUGACCAGAAACACUGUUCUGGUCAUAAUUAUCAAGUUUGUUUGUACCUUGAGAAAUGUAGCAGAGAUGUGCAAGUUGUUAUUUUACAGUAUACAGUACUGUGACAAAAUGUAGGCGCCUACUCACAAUUAUAAAACAGUGUUUAAGCAUUCAGAGUUUUACCACCAGGGUGCGCAUUCUUGCAAUAAUUUAUGAUUGAUAAUAUUACAAUAUUUUCAUAAGUGCCCGUCUUAUAGUUAAGUGUUCCACUAUAUUUCCAUCUUUUUUCUUUAUUCUUGCCUGUCUGUUUUUUCAUCUCUCUGCCUCUCUGCCUGCCGAUCAUUAAAACUGCCAUUCAUUCCAUCUGACAGUCUGUCCAACUGUCUGUUUAUUUCAUCUGACUCUCUUCCUGCCUGUUUUUCAAACUGGCUAACUUUCCAUCUGCCUGACAAAUGUAUGUGCUUAUUGUUUUAACUUCCUUUCCACCUUUAGUGUGUGGUUGCUCAAAAAGAUGUCUUUUGAGAAACGUUGUUUUAUAAAUAAACUUGACUGUCUUCUCAA